CUAAGCAAUUCUGCAUCGUCAGCUCAGGGGAAGUAAUGAGUUGAGUUCCGUAAGAUUUACUCGUUGGUGCGCCUCCCCUCGCUCCAACAGUCGGUCAGAUGAAGGCAGCGGCAACUCAUUUGUGUUGUUCAAGCCAACCAUGGGCACAUUGCGCACUCGACAAGCACUUCGUGCUCUUUUCUACCCCAGGCAGGCAGACAGACACCUGUCCCGUCUUCAUUUCCCCCAUUCGGAUCAGCAUGGAUCUUUUGUUGAUUGAUUAUGUCUGGUGACCCUCUCAACUCAAGUGAGCUGUCUCUAAUUUUGCAGUGUCAAUGAGCUUCCUUCUCUAUAUGCCUGCUUCAUGUUAACAUGUUGGGGUAUCAUCAUGGCAUAAUUGCCCGAUCGGAACCCCGCAUCAUAUCUAUAGUUGAGAAGUCGCCCAUCAGGACCUAUUUUGAUGUCACGCACGCAUACUGGCAUGGGAACGUGUCCAUGAAAUGGCCCAUGCCGAACCUCUGGAACUUCUCCAAAGUCCGAGCAGUGGUCUUCCUGCUUGGUUUUACCCUGACCUUCAUCAUCAUGGCUUCAUACAUUCUGACGUGGGACAAGAAAGGACUCCUGCUGACACCCUCGCCCUAUUACCUGAAAGCUGCCAAUGUCUCAACCAAUGACACAGCAGCAGCAGCUUUGGCAUUCAGCGUCUCUUUGAAGACGACGUGCUUAGACAUGAAGCAACUGUUGAAGGAAAUUAGAUUCAAACUUGAAUACCCGCCCAGAAGCGUUCCUGAUGAGAAGGACAUCAUCGGGACAGACUCUCAUUUGUUCUCUGCAAUCCCUCGACACUUUCUGCCAGGCAUUAAAAGCCCUUGCUGGUACGAGGACUUUCCUAUAGAAAAGAGUCGAGAUCCGUACAGCGGCAACCGUUACACAAUACGCUCCAAGACCUUCAAGAGUGUGUGUGACCGACUGGCGUACGCCUUUCGUAGACAGCCGCUUCGGCGUCAAGAUGGCAGGCUCUCGCGUCUGCGCUGUCUGCCUUACUUCUACAUCAUCGGACAGCCCAAGUGCGGCACCACUGACUUGUUCCACAGGCUGCUGCAGCAUCCUGACAUUAAGUUCAACAUUAUGAAGGAACCUCACUGGUGGACGAGGAAACGUUUUGGUUACAUCCGUUUCAAAGACGGAUUCCAGGAGAUUUACUCUUUGGAAGAUUAUCUGGACCUGUUUGACUUGGCUGCAUACAACAUCCAAGGAUCAAGCGCUGGAAAUUCCCCUGAAGACCGACGCUUCGCCAACCUCAUAACAGGUGAAGCCAGUGCGUCAACUAUGUGGGACAACCAUGCAUGGCGCUAUCUCCACGGCGACCAGGAGGAGGUGGAGCCACCCUUCCUGGCCCAGGACUUCUUGCACACAGUGCAGCCCAAUGCCAAAAUCAUCAUCAUGCUACGAGACCCUGCAGAGAGGUUGUACUCAGACUACUUAUACUUCAAGACGGCCAACAAGUCAACAGAGGACUUCCAUCAGAAGGUGCUGGAGUCCAUGCAAGUCUUCCAGUCGUGCCUGUCGGCGAGGUCACUUCGAUCCUGCGUGUACAGCACAAGCCUCGCCAACUCCAUGCCGGUCAGACUGACUCUGGGCAUGUAUAUUGUCUUCCUGCUGGACUGGUUGACAGUCUUCCAGAGAGAGCAAAUUCUGGUUUUACGACUAGAAGACUAUGCCACAAACCUUCAAGAGACCGUACAAAAAGUAUUCGACUUUUUGAAUGUCGGUCCUUUGUCCGAGCAGGCGGCAGCAACACUGACCAAGGGGCCUAUGUCUAAUACCCGACGUGCGGUCGACAGGAGCCUGGGCCCCAUGCUUCCCUCCACUCAGAAGCUCUUGUGGGAAUUUCACCAACCAUUCAACCGUAAAUUGGCCAGCGUGCUGAACAACCAGGCCUUCUUGUGGACUAACACAUCAAUUCCUACUUCUUCAAAUAGACACUAUGGGUGAACGUGUAUAUGUGUGUGUGUUCAUUCUGCUAUUUAUUUAUUUUUGUCUUUAACCAUGCUUGAAGGGGAAUUUAAUUCCCGUUUUGUUUUUUUUCAUCAACAGUACAUUUUAUGUGCCACCAUUUAAAAGCAAAACAUACUUAAUAUUAUGGAGAUAACACAUAAGCUGAGUCUCACGCCAUUAUUUGUCGGACUUUCCAGGCAAAAAAAAAAAAAAAAAAAAAUGUUUGGAAACCAAAUUGAACCACUUCUGGGGUGUUCUACUUCAAAGGCAACAAGUCUGUCUCACAGAACUUGUCAUGUUGCCAAUGAUUUAUUUAGUGCUGCAACGAUUAGUCGAUUAACUCGAGUAUUCGAUUAGAAAAAAAGUAUUCAAAUUAAAUUGUGUUGCUUCGAGUAUUCGUUUCAUUAAAGUGGCGUUGUAAUGGUUUAUUUUGAAAGACUUUGCAUUUCACUUUAUUGAUCAGGGUGGAUACACUGCCCUCUGGUCUGCCUCAUUUCACAUGGCUGAAUCCAACUGCUCCCUGUUAAGACCAACGUAAGCUGUUUUUGUUUGAGCUUUAAUGCAUUCGUAUUUUAGUUCAUAGGUAUAUUUAGGUAUAUUUAGCCACUUUUUUGUGGGAAUAUGUGUCUGAACCAUUUGUUAAGAGCAUUCUAAAAAAAAGUUAGCAUUUUAUAGCAUUUAAGCUGGCGGACUUUUGCUAUGUAAGUUAGUUAUUUUGUUGUACAUAGAGCCUUUUUUUUUUUUUUUUUUUUUUACCGUUUGAUGCUCAGCUCAGGUCUUUUAAUUUUUCAUGUUCCUUAUCCGGUUACUCAAUUAUUCGAAUUAGCUAGUUCAUUGAUUAAUCGACUACUAAAAUAAUCGAUAGCUGCAGCCCUAGAUUUAUUUGUAUUGUCCAUCAUUUACAAAUAAAAAUCUACUACAUUCAUUACCAUUAAAUAAAUUUGUAUAAAACUAAGGCAGCCGGCCAAUAUUUUGACUGAUUUAUUAAUAAACGUCAGGUUUGAGCUGCAACUCCUUAAAGAAGCAAAUUAAAAGAGAUCACACUGUCUCCUGCAACACACACUGAGGUGAUUAAAAAUGCUCACUACUGAAACGCUCACACAAGACUGAAACAUCCACACAACAGAAAUGCUCUGACAAUAGUAAAACGCUCUCGUCGAAAUUACUGAAAUACUCUUGUAUUCACAAGUCAAGUACAUUUCUUUAUGUUGCCCUUAAUCACAACUUCUCAGAGCUUCACACAUGAUUUAAAUAGCAUACCGCACAAAUGCUAAUUUUAGAUCGUGAUGUCGCAUCGUAAAGCGGAAGUGGGACGUUAUAGACCCGCCCUCGCAUAGAAGCUAUGUUAUUUCUGCGACUUUUCUCUGGUAAUCUUUCAAAAACAAACAUGCCGAUCAAACAUUGCUUUUAUGAAACUUGUAGAAACGACUCUGGACAUUACGACAUAUGACGGAUGUUUUCUUCAUGCGUUUCCCGAAACCAAAAACUCGGAGGAAAAAAUGUGAAGAAUGAAUCAACUUGCGCGGACUCACAUUUCAUAUGCAGUAAACAUUUUGUUGGUUUGGCAUGGUCUUUCAGAGGACAAAGUAAGCCAAAGUAAAGUAAGUCAUUUUGAUAUUUUUAACUUAUUUUUUAGCGUGACGUUGUGCCGUGCUGCUCCUGUCUGACAAUGAAUGACCUGAAAAAAAUUAAAAUGGUAUCUGACUGCCACUGUUACCUUUUCUGUUGUAAAAAAAAAAAAAAAACUUUUGUAAAGGGGGAAGUGUAAAUAAAUUAUAGAAUUAAGAUUUAAUAUUAAUGAAAAAAAUAAAAGUAUUCGUUGGCUGUCACUGAGUAGCAUUUGCAGUCGCUAAACUAAACUAACAAUAUAAAUUACCCCCAAGAACGGUCAGAGAUGUAGGACAACCAGAGGAUAUAAUAUAUAUAUAUGAGAAAGACAGUGUCAUUGUCAGUCGUGUAAGAAAAAGGUGUCGAUAAAAAAGCUAAGGCUAUGAUUAGGUCAGCUCGUUUUUUUUCAUCUUUUUCAGCCCUCGACACUCAAGCCAUCUCUUUAACUGAACAUUUUUAUGUUCUUCCACUUCUUUACCAGUGAAUUUGGCACCGGGGACAUCAUUUUCGGACAGAAUUGGUAAGUUUAGCUCUGUAAACAUCUCCUUCGUACACGAUUUUCAAUUCAUUUCCGAUUGGGGACAAAUGGUGGCGUGUCCCCCUUAGCAACAGUAGCUAACGUCAUGAAUAUUGAUGAGCGGAAUGAUGAUGAAUGAUGCUAUACAAUAGCAUCGAAACCAAUUAGUCAAAUGCUCUCAUAAAAACAAGUGAAUUACUGUCAUAGUAGUUUGUGUGACUGAUUGGUCCAUCCUAAAGAGUUGCAUGUCCCUGAGGAUCUUGUAUCCCAAGAAGGUGUUUCCUUAAUUUUAAAAAUUCUAAAUCAUGAUUUAGUUCACUAAAUACUAUAAAAAAUAAUAAAUACGAAAGAAAUAUACCCACUGUUGUGUGUGCCAAGUAUGGAAACGAUACAUUAAGUGCAAUUAAAUCCAACAGGGUUGAAUAGAGGGCAGCAGAGGAUUUAAAAGGGGAUCGCAGUCAGAACACGAGAUGAAUUUCCCAUUCAUCCCGAUUGUUGCAAUCAGUUAGGUGAUGAAAAUAAUGGACGCAGAGAAAGCCUUUCGUGUGUUUUGUAACACGGUCAGUAAAAAAGACCAGUUUGAGUUAGUCGCUUUCAAACACAUAGGAGUCACUCUAGUUAGACCCCCAUUAACUGUGACGGUUUCCACUCUGCCAUCAGAGAAGACGGAAAAUCAAAAUUGACAAGCUUGGCUGAUUGGUCACCACCUCUGGGUAGUAUUGAUGGCCUGUCUGUUUGAAAGGUUGUCAAAAGGUGCAGCAAACUGAUAAGGUGAUACAUGCUGAAAGGUUAGCAGAUAAACAAAAUUUAAACUAUUAAAUUUGUAAACCAAAACAACAGCAGACAAAAACCAACCAGCUGACUAGAGCUUUAAAGUGCGUACGACAGGAGAAAAAAACGUCUUAAAUAGCAUUAUUAUGUGAAUUAGAAUCAUAUUUCCAGACAAUUCGACAAUAUACAACAAUUUAGCAAAGCGCAGCUAACGAGAAAUUAGUCUUUUAAUCUGCCGGUUAGCCACGUCUACCAUUAUAAGGCUCUAGCGUCCCCAACAGGUGGAUGACGUCAGCGGGAGAAUGGGCUCAUCGGUUUUACUAUUCAGCCCAUUGAGGGGGAAUUAUUCAGAACGAGGAAAACGUGACAAAGAGAGCCGCAAAAUGUCAUUGUUUGAGUCUCGCUACUCCAAUAUUUUUACAGGACAUUCUUUUUAUCCAAGUAUUUUCCCCCAAUAGCUAAAUAAAUGGCAUGGUCAUGACAAAUAACAGUCUUGUGCUAAAUGGAAUAUGAAAUAAUAAAAUGCAUUUAUUCAAGACGACAUGGCAAAAUUGCUCCAUAAUGGUCAAAUCUGUCGACUUCAUCUUUACUAUUGCACCUCCCGAACGAUAUUUUAUGCCACCUAAGCCGGGCUUAUGUCAUUUCGCUUCCCUGGCUUUGGAGAAUGUAAACAAACCAAGAGGCGUGACAGCUAGCCGACAUUCUAACCCAAACCAGUGAUGUUUCAAAGUCUUCGAAGCGGAAAAUCACACAUAACUAGCCCAGAUCAUUUCACAUGACGACUGGGUUGUCGAUUGUCUUCGCCGAUCAGCAACCCGCCCGGUGGCAAACAAAUUAGAGCUCGUCGUUCCCCUGCUGAGGGCAGAGGGCUCGUUUGCGGGGAAGCAGCUGGACAAUGACCGCUGGACAAACCGGCCGAGGAGCGUGUAGCUGCCAAAUGGUUAACACGAAUAUAGCAAAAUAAUGCUUUACUACACGGCGAAGUUCGUAAACAGCGAGAGACUCAUAGGAGGGCAGCUGCAGUUGUUAUGCAGCUAACACGACAAUAUGUGUAUGAAGAGAGUUUUUUACAUGCCCAUCCAUGAUCAAACGUAAGUAGUCCUUUAUUUAAAGAAAGUUUGUAGUGUUUACUUUGUAAUCGCUGUAUUCGUGGCUAUUUUUAAAACAAAGUUGCAAUUUCUGACCGGUUGGAAAAUUUGACAGAAAACCGGGCACGUGAAGAGGGCAAUAAGCUGAGUAUAGUGCUCUCCCGGCGGGGGGAUGCGCGUCAAGCCGCCGGUCGUCAGCCGAGGGGACGAGGAGCAUGUCAGCCACAAAAUGCAAGCCACCUACAUAUUAAAUUGAUCCCAGUAUUUGACAUAAUACAAAAAACGAUGUUUACUCAUUUCCUCGUAAGUCCCAUGGUCCCACAGUAGUAGGGCUUGUUUUGGCCAAUAUCCACCGGUGAAUGGGAACCUUUUAAAACCCCAAAAAGGUUCACAACGCCUCUCCUUCUAACAGCAAGAUUUUUCUGCAGCCGUUUGGCUGGCGUGAUGUGAAAAAUAAACGAAUUAAUCCGCAAAAUCAGUCCUUCUCAUACAACAGUACGGCUGUAUAGUGAAGAGGACUCCUUCUCCCGUACACGUCACAGAGCCCUCUUCCUCAGUGCAAGACCGAAGCCGGAAGUCUGUCAUUUUCGUAGUGCGUGAUUAAAAAAAAUUGAAUAAAUAUCGCUUCUUCACACGUGGUCCAUUUCAUUCAGGAGCAUAAAAUACUGCGUGUAUUAUGAAAUAAACAUGCUUUUUCGUGUCACAGGCCCUUUAAAUGACUACGGUAAUAGCAAAAUAGUGCUUUGUUACCAUCCAUUUGAAUCCAUCAGAAAUCCUUACCUUCUAAAGACACUCCCUGGCUACUUGUUACUGGGCAGAUUUUGAAGUUGUUGUAAACAUCUGGCAAUACAACAUUCAAGAUGACAAAGAAAGCGUACACAUUCAGUUUAUAUUUAAGAAGUUGUUGUUAUUUGGAUUCAAACAUCAAAUAGGUUUUGAAUUCUCAAUUGUUGUUGUUCCACACUUGACUGGCUGACAGAUUAAAGUAGGGGGUACAAGAAGGACUGAAAUGAUCUGGUACACACAUGUACACACACUCGCACACUUGUAUCAUCUGUCUUCUAAUGAGUGUGAAAUGUGAGCAGUGGACCAAUGGAAGGAGGCUGGCUGCUUCACAGCAGGUGAUGAUGUUGUUUUUCUUCUGCCUGCAUGAACCGCCGUCAUUAUUCUAUGUUUCUAUUUUCAGGUCUUUCUCAGAUAAAAACAUCACUAACACAGUGGAUAUAAAACGUCUACACACCCCUACUUGAAUGCAUUUAAAGCUGUAAUGUGAAGUAAUUUCAUAACAUGCCAAAUAGGGUCACAAUUAAAGUAAUUAAACAUUGUCCAACAAAUAAAGCAUGAAAAAAUAAUUUAUAUGUUGUAUAUUUGACAAAAUAAUCGCGUUUCCGAAGUUCGAGCCUGAAAGGGGACGAACCCGGAAGUGAUACGUCACACCGGGAACAGCGUUGGCAGCUCCAUACAUACGGCCGCCAAACAAAGCCCUUCAAACAAUGAUUCAAACAGCGAUAUAAGCGAUAGAUCGAGCGCAAGGGAGGAGAUCCAAGUUUUUGAAGAGUUGGAGGAAGAAGAGGAGCUUGGAAUUUUAUGUUGGACUUAACAUGUAUUAGCCAGACGCUAAUCAGAUGCAAACAACGUGCCUAGACUACCUUACAUGGAAUGGAGACAGGACCCAUCGAGAUUACAAGAUUGGUAAGAUAUAGGCUGUUAUUAUUUUCAUGAUUUGAAGAUGCAGGCAUUUGCACAUAAUUUUAUGUUUUUGUCUAUCUGAUGACAUUGUUUAAAAAAAAUAAUAAUCAGACUGCAUGUUCAUUUUGGCGGAUCCUGAGCUCUUGUACAUAUAAAAUAAUAAUAUAAAAACGUUGGGGGGAAAGAAGGAGGUGAGUCGUUGAUGGCUUUCUCCACUUUAUUGUGGCAACAAUAAGAAAACAAAAUAAUAGCGGAGUGCCGCCACAUUCGACCGCGAAGUUUUGCUUGUCGCUCAUCUCCGCCUCGCCUCGUACUACCAGCUACUACUACUUCCUGCGACUAUCGGCAGGAAGUGGCGUCUAAUAGCGUGAGGAAAUUUAGUUUUUUCACACAAGCGAACAGAUUACAAAGCACCACUUCAGUGUUGUCCCGAGACUACAUUUCCCAUGAUUCACUGCGGGACUUCAGCUGUCAACGUUCACAUUUGACAGCAUUCUGCCGCGGUCCUCCGCCAGCUGUUAGCUCGCCAUUCACGCUCGUUUGCAUUUGAUCGCUAGUCUGAUACACUCCCGCUUUUUCGGUGAGGUCUUUUGUGUUUAUUCGUUAUUGGAUUGUUUUUGUUCACCACUGUAAAUAAGAGUACUGAAGCAAGAAGAGGUAAGUCACCAUUUCUGUUCAACCCGUUUUCCCCUGUUUUUUUUAGCGUAAGAAGCUAGGUUAGUGGCUGUAUUUUCUUCGUUCUUUUUCAUGAUCAGGGUUUAGUUAGCGGUUGGGGUUCAAGUGUAGAUUCCUUUUGUUUGUUGUUUUGGCCUGGGCUUACCCUGGAGCCGCGCUUCAUCUACAUUUUGUACAUAUUGCCUUGAAAGGUGGAAAAGCGCUAUAUAAGUAUAACACCAUUUACCAUUUACCAUAUUCAUUGCGAGUUUGUUGUGUAAAUUUUGUGCCACUUGUGAAAUUGUGUGGCUCGUUUUAUGUUACGCCCUUCGCGAGCCGUCCUUGGGACGUAACACUAGCGAACACAACAACAACUAUGCCACGACUAUUGCCACGAGUUGGCUUUCGGCUAACGUCGCUAGCUUCUACUGUACAUUCCACAACAGUUGGCAGCUCUGCUUUGACAAAGUCAUCAGUCAUCUAUCCAAAAAUCACACUUACUUUUUGGCAAAUCCUUGAUCAUAAUCAGACCGAUUAAGGAAGCACGCAUCUUUGAAGUGUUUACAGCAGAGAACAUUACUCGAUGAUGGCGUGAAAUUCAUUCGCUUCGUGCGAACGAAAGAUGUCCAUUUACGUGCCCUGCUAUCCUUUGGCCACUCAUACAACUUUUCGUUUGAGUGAGAACAAAACAUCGCCACACACCGCCGUGGCAUCUUACCGAGAAGCAAUGCAACAAACAAUACUGUUCUAUGGCGGACUUCCCUCGCACUUCCCGGUGUGACGUAAUUUCCGAAGAUUGCCGAAGAAAAGCAUUUUCGUUGUCAGGGGCAUUGCUAUGGGUUAAACAAACAAUCUGGAAGGGUUGCGUUAAAAAAAAUAAUGAAAAUAUGCUUAUAAAUGUUUAACCAUUGAUAUUAUUCAAAAAC